AUGACGCAUUGACUUGUAUUGAGAGCUCAUCUUCGGUGCUGAAGAUGGCUCCCUUCCCGGACGAAGUGGACGUUUUCACCGGGCCGCACUGGCGUAUGAAACAGCUGGUGGGCUUGUACUCAGAAAAGCUUUCCAAGACCAACUUCUCCAACAACAGCGAUUUCCGCUCCUUCCUCAAGUCGCUGUUGGCCACCUUCAAGGAGUUCAAGAUGCACGAGCAGAUCGAGAACGAGUGCAUCAUCGGCCUGUUGCAGCAACGGUGCUGCACCGUCAACAACGUGCACUCGGACAACAAGCUGUCGGAGAUGCUGCUUCUCUUCGAGAAGGGCCUGCACAACGUCAAGAGCGAAUACGAGCAGCUCAACUACGCCCAGCAGCUGAAGGAGCGACUGGAAGCUUUCACGCAGGACUUCCUGCCGCACAUGAAGGAGGAGGAGGAGGUGUUUCAGCCUAUGCUCAUGCAGUACUUCACCUACGAGGAGCUGAAGGCCAUCAAGAAGCAGGUGAUCGCGCAGCACUGCAGCCAGCAGCGCUCGCAGCGUGCCGCAGCAGACGUGCUAAAGGGCUUCAGCCUGUGGAGCCACGCCGAGGAGCUGCAGAAGGCCUUCAAAUACGCCGACCAUGAGAAGAGCGACUACGCGGAGGAGCGUGACGGGCCGUGUUCAGCGCACAUCUCCCAGCUCCCCGCUGAGGUUCUGCUGAGGAUCUUGCAGUCUUUGAGCCCAGCAGAUCUUUGUCGCUGCAGCCAAGUGUGCAUGUCCUGGUGGGAGCUGGCCAAGACCGGGUCCCUGUGGAGGCACUUGUACCCGGUCCGCUGGGCCCGAGGCCACUUCUACAGCGGCCCGCCCGGAGAUCUGGACCAGGAGCCGCACGAGGGCUGGGUGAAGAGUUGGGAGAAGGAGGUGCAGGCGUACUGGGACUGGGACGAGGACGCCGACGUGGACGAGUCCGAUGAGUCCCACCGCGCCCACGACUCCUCGGCCAUCGGCGCCGCCCGACGUGAGAAGAAACUCCUCAAUGGACUCAUCCGGAACCUUCUCCCGGCUGUGGGCCCCUCCGUCAAGUCUGUGGUCCUGGCGUACGGAUCCACAGUCUCCAGUAAAAUGGUCCGCCAGAUCCUCAGCCUGUGUCCCAACAUCACACACCUGGACCUCACACACACCCAUGUGACUGAUUGCACCUUUCACAGCAGCUGGUCACGGUUGGGGGCGUGUUCUUCUCUAGAGCAUCUGGACCUGUCAGGCUGCGACAAGAUCACUGACGGGACCCUGAAGAUGCUCUCGCUGGGACUGGGCAACCGCUUUGACCGCCGAGGCACGGCGCUCCCCAUGGCGCCGGUGGAGGACAUGGCGGAGGUCGGCGUGGAGUUCCAGCUGUGCAGGCGCCGGGCUGUCAUCUUUAAGCCGGGAUGCGGCCGCUGGGGUUCGGGCGUCACUCCCACACAGGUGUGGGUCCUGGACCCCUCAAAGCCUGCUGACAUUGAGGACUCAGCAGAGUGGACACGGCGAGUCCAGGAGGCGGAACACUCGCUAGAGACUCAGCUGGGGGCGAGCCUGUGCUGUUGUAGGAGGAGCAGGAGGCGAGGCCACAGGACAGGCCCUACAAACACCUCCUUUUGGCACUCGGCCGUGUCAGGGGACAACCUUUGUGGUCACUCCACUUGCUGCAGCGCAGUCACGCCCCUCAGGACUAACAUUGGACUAGCAGGACUUGAAAGUCCUUGGCUUGGAGGCGGAACUAUACAAUCGGGACGCACGCUCAAGUUUCUCAGUCUGUCAGGAUGCUACCAGGUCACAGACUCGGGGCUCAGGGCGCUGGCGCAGCGAGGAGGACUUCCUGUCCUGGAACACCUCAACUUGUCCGGCUGCCUGUUCAUCACAGAGGCGGGGCUGCAGGAGUUGGUAACGGCGUGCCCCGCCCUCAAAGAUGAGCACUUCUACUACUGCGACAACAUCAACGACAGUGAUUUCACUUUUGUCGAGUUUAGCCACACGCUGGUCUGUCUGAUGCAGUGAAAAGUAAACCUGCAGGACCAUGUUCACCUGCCGUCGGAGACAACUAGAUCUGAGGGUCGUCUGCAUAGUUGUGGUAGGACACAGGGAAGCAUGUACAGGUUGAACAAUAGGGGUCCCAGGAUUGACCCCCGGGGAACCCCAUGGGUCAUAGCUAUAACUAUAGUUUUUCCCCCCAACAUAAAUUUCCAAAAAUGACAACUUUAUUUUGAUCUGUUUCUCAUAAUAUUACAACUUUUUAAAACUUUUUUUUCCCUUAAUAUUUCAACUUUGAAAUGUAGUCAUGCACAAAAAUGACUAGACCACCCCCGUUUCUUUAGUUUCAAUGCCUGAUACAACUAAAGGUACCUUUUUGUUGUUUGGACAAAUACAAAGACAACAAAAAUAGCUCAUAAGAGUUACAUUUUUUGGCAGUACAAUGCUAGAGCUAUCCUUGUAAGAACUUAAGUGAUUUUGGUUAUUAUCAAGAAAAGCAUGAAAGUUGGUAGAUAUCAGCUAGCUAUAUUUGUUAGCAUCAUGAUAUUUGUCCAAACAAAUGUAGCUUAAUGUUGCAUUGCACAAAUGUUGCAUUAAAAUGCAUCAAUAAAGUGAAGAAAUGAGGGCGCUCUCAUCAUUUUUUCCAUGACUCUCAACUAUGCUACUGAAAUGACAUUUAUUUAUUUUUUUUAAGUUUAUUCUCAUUAGAAUGCGACUGUUCAAGGGGUGGCAGUGGCUCAGGAGGUAGAGCAGGUCGUCCAGGUCGACCGGAAGGUUGGCCGUUGGAUGCUCGCUCCCUCCACCUAGUCACUGUUCCUGUGUCCCUGGGCAAGACACCUCACCCACCCUGCCUGCAGUGCUGCCCACACUGGUGUAUACAUGUUAGGGGGGGUCGUUUUUGUGCACCCCAGGGCAGCUGUGGAUACAGAAUAUAAAUUACCAACGAGAAGUUGCUUUUUUUUUUUUUUUUUUUUUU